ACAUUUGACGACUCAGCCUAAACUUUAGAGCACACAACAGCUGCGUUUUGCAGCUGCCAACGAAAAGAAGCAGCAGCCCUUCAUCUCCAACGGGGCUAGGGUUCGUCGAUUUCCAGUCAACAAACUAUUGGACUCCCCGAAAACCCAAACCAAAAAUCGACGAUUUUAUUAUGUUUGAACUGGAUUUAUUGACAUAACCCUAAAGCUUAAAGAUUGAAGCAAGCCGUUUCUUCGUGGUAAUUAUUUUUAAUUUUUUACCCUUUUCUUCAGCUUCAUUCUUGAUUGAUUGGUAGGGAUCUGGUGGUUUCACUGGUUAUGACUCAUUCUUGGGUGUCUGAUUGUUAAAUUCUUGUUUCAAACGAAUUGUCGGCUGACUUUUCUCCAUGUCUGUGGUUUUGUACGAUUUGGGCGAAAUGAAAUUUAAGAAAACUGGAUUCUUUGUUGAUUUUGUUUAUAAAUGACUUAAGGGAAGGUACCAACUGCCCUAAUCGUAGUAAAUUUGCCCUGUUUGGCUUCUCUGUUUUGUGUUUUUAUAUGAUGGGGUUAUUAGGGGUUGAUGAUUGUAUUCAUAGUCACCUGGUUUCAGUCUUAGGUUAUUUAUUUUGGAGGGGAAAUGGGUUUUUCUUUUGAUUUUUUUCUCAUUGAAUUUCGUUAUGUUGAAAAAGUUGAAGGGUUUGGGUAAUUUGCAGAGUUGUGUCAAUCAGUGGUUUAAUUUGAAUUAUUGAAUAUAGGGUAAAGAGAUGCAGCUUCUAGGGUUUGUGGCUUGCAACUUUAUCUUUAGUAUGAUUUUGCGGCCCCCGGGGGGGGUGGGGUUGGAUGUUUGACAAGGUUUCUUGACCUUACUGGUACAAUCUGUGUGUUAACAAUGGUUUACUUAAUUUAUUUAUUUAGUGGUUUAGUGGUGAACUCAUACAAACCCAAACCCUUGUACAUGACAAUCUACUGGAGUUUGUUGUUUGAACGAUUCUGCGCCUUUCCGUUAUAAUCUGGUGGUAUAGAUCGUUCUGUUAUUGUUUUGUUGGUUACAAGACUCGUGCAGAGCUAGCCCUGGACGUGACACAGUAUGCUGGAGUUCGGUGGUUGAAAGGUUCUGCUCCUCUCUGUUAAAUCCCAAGUGCUAUUGAUGGUAUAUGUCAUUAUCUUGACACAAUAUGCCGGAGUUUGGUGGGAAGGCUCUGAGCCUACUAUUAAAACCCAAGUUCCAUUAGUGUUUUAUGAUUAUUUUCGCGGGUGCUCGGUAUACUUUCCAACAUUGUUUCUUUGGAGAUUUGUUCCGUAUUUUCCAUGAAGAUGUGUAGAAACACACCAUGCUUUUGCUGGGUUACACAUAGUAGUUGAUGGAGGAGGAGGUAUAUCAUUGUAUGCCACAGAGAAUAGGAACUCAAUACCCUAGAAUAACAAAACCAAGGAGAUAUACCUUUGUUGUUCUACAUGGGGAUUAUGUUAUGUAUAACAACUUACAGUAAACCUUUAUAUCCCUAGCAGAGGUUGAAUAAUUGAGUUGAAAUGCUUUGAUGAACUUUGCAUACUUUUCUUCUGAAAAGGACGUUGCAAGCUUCACAGGGGAUAGUGGAUUUCAGAUACUUGGUUAUGCUUCUGCAUCAACGUGAUGCUUUGCUAUUGGAAAAAAAUUUAUGGCAUUUGGUCAGAGUUUUGAUUGCAGGGGAGUGUUAUCCGAUGGUUUUUCUGGACUCUGAACAAGCCUGUUUCCAUCAUGAAGGAUUAUUUGAUUGCAGAGUAGUAGAUGUUUGCUGAUGGGAAUCAUCAGUUUCACGCUACAAGUUUGAGUCUUUGAGAUAGAUGAAAUGGGUGAUAACUUUAUCCUAUGGUUUAGGUCCUGUAGGAGUGUGUUUUAGUAGCUUGAAUCAGUUUGCAGUUAGGAUUUAUACUCUUUAAAGUACAGUGGUGGAAGUUAUUUUAUGUUCAUGAUAUUUGAAUCUCUUGUUGAGAACACUUGUUGAUUGACAAAUUUUUUGCUUGUUUUGUCUCAAAACGCUGAUUAAAUUGUCACUUAUUUUUCUCAUUGGAAACCGAUUAGCACAGUUGUUUUGUACUUGUACUAUAUUGUCACUAUCUUUCACAUUGAGAACUGAUUAGCACACUUGUUGUGUACCUGUACUAGUUACUGGAUGUUGAUAUAUGCUUGCCCUUCUGAAGAAAGAUUCUUGAAUAAUAUUACUACUAUAUAUUUUACCGUGCUUUUAACUGUUACGUAGUUCUUACUAUGUUCCUUUGGUUGCUCUAUUUUUUCCCGUAGAUUUUAGUUAUUGCAACACCGAUACUGAAGACAUUCUCAACAAAGAAGAUUUAUCUAGCUAUUUAACUUAGAAAUGCCUAAGGAAAGAAGGGAUCGUUCCGUGUCUUUUGAUAGGUCCAGGGCAUCUCCUUUCCCAAGCAGCUCUAGUCGGUCAAGGAGUGCAUUGCCAAAAAAUCCUCUAGAAAGUGACGAGAAUGCGAGAGAGUGGGAAGAUGCUCGCUGCCCAGUUUGUAUGGAACAUCCACAUAAUGCAAUAUUGCUUCUAUGUGCAUCUCACGAGAAAGGAUGCCGCCCCUUCAUGUGCGACACUAGUUACCGCCAUUCUAAUUGUUUUGACCAGUUUAGAAAGUCCUUUGGGGAAGCUUCAACCACCCAGGUGGGGGAAGAAGAACCAGUGUUGGCUGCUCAUUCGAUAAUGUCAGUAUCCCCAUUGCCUGUUGGAAGAUCAGUUGGCAAUCCUACACCAGUGCAGGCUGAGUCUUGUGAGGAUACAGAGAAGCCAAAGUUGGUUUGCCCCUUGUGCCGACAGCAGAUCAAUGGGUGGGUUGUUGUUGAGUCUGCUCGGCGUUUUAUGAAUUCCAAAUUACGGAGCUGUGCCUGUGAAACAUGUGAUUUUAGUGGGACAUACAGAGAUCUGAGGAAGCAUGCAAGAGAGCAACACCCUCUUGUGCGUCCAACUGAGGCUGAUCCUGAAAGGGAGCGCAGCUGGAGAAGGUUAGAGCAGCAGAGAGACUUUGGAGACCUUCUCAGCACACUACAAUCCUCUUUUGGAGAUGACACCAGUGAUGAAAGUGCUUUAACCCUUGACGAUGGGCGUUUCCUUACUGUUGUUUUCCUUGUCCGCAUACUGCGAUCUGGUAACUCUUCAAGGAGCAGUAGCUGGUCUGGUGGUCCAAGUACCCAAGCCCGUUUUACAUUCAGAAGACGCCCAUCAAGAAGGCUUUGGGGGGAGUCUCUUGAUUUGGAGUCAGGCUCCAGGGAGGAUACUAAUGAAAGUCCAGAUAAUGAUUCCUGGGGACAACGUGAUAGAGUACAUCGACGACCAUCGCCUGAUAAUUAGGCUCCAGGUGAAGCCGCCGCAAUGGGGUCAUGCCUGCAAUGGCAGUUGAACGUUCGGCUCGAGGAAGCAAGCAAAAGAGCUGCUGGAGCUGGCAGCGUUAGAGAAAUAAUAGCCGGUUGCCAAUUAGCUCCGGGUUGGCAUCACUUGUUUGUGAGAGAUAAAGAGAGAUAGGGAGAGAGGAAACUAUGUAAUUCUGACUCAAAGAGUGAUGAUUAGUCUCAUCAUCCUCUUCGCUUUGCUAUUCCUUUGUGGCUUUCUUAUUAUGCUUUCAAAGAUGUCUUUAUUCAAUUUGUGUAAUUGGGAAGAGAUCUCUAUGAUCAUGAUACUUAUCGCCAUUUCUUGCCAUCUGCGCGGUUACAGGCAGUAGGGUGAUUCUGUACAUUUUCCUUGAUCGAAUGUCUUCUUUUCUGUUAGUGAGUGAGUAAAUAUUAUUGGAUUCAAGCUUAACUUGAAGUGUCUGUCUGAUUUGUGGUUUGGGUUUUUCUUCUGAAUUUGUAUUUGAUUAUUAUUAUAUUACAUUGAUAAUGUUAAGAAGAUGCACGCCCAAGUGUCUAUAUCCCUCA